AUGCGAAGAGGCCUUCAAGAGAUUCAAAGCCUUCCUCACAUCUCCACUAAUCCUACAGAGGCCGGAUCACAAAGUCGACCUCCUCCUCUAUUUGGCCGUGGUAGAAGGCGCAAUCAGCGCAGUGAUAGUGCAAGAGCACCAGAAAGUGUAUACGUCGAUCCACUUUAUCAGCUGAGUGCUCCAAGACACGGAGAAACGGGUGGUGGUGCAGGUAUUAUUCUGGAAGGUCCAAAUCAAGUCACUUUGGAGCAAUCUCUCAAGUUUGGCUUCAAAGUGACAAACAACCAAGCGGAGUACAAAGCACUUCUCGCAGGGCUAAGGUUAGCUCACGAUCUCGGAGCACGGAAAGUGAGUUGCAACAGCAACUCAAAACUCAUGGUAGAGCAGCUCAGCGGGACAUACCAAGCCAAGGAUGUUCUUCUGCAACAGUAUUUCCACGUGGCAUCACAACAGAUCUCAUCCUACGACGAGUUCACUAUACAUCAUGUACCACGAGAGCAAAAUACCAGAGUCGCCCUCCUAUCAAAGCUCGCUAGCACCAAACGCCCUGGAUAG